CCGCCGGGGGAGCGCGGGCCGCGGUCUCCUCUGCCUUUCCCCCGCCCGCCGCGGCAUUGCUGCCAACGGGGCCAGCUGCCGGCAGGCUGAUGUCACCCGCUCCGCUCUGCAGCGGGCAGCCCUUGGGCAGCCGCCGCCGCUGCGGCAGGGGGUCCGGGGCCGCCAGCCUCCGCCGCCGGGAGCCGGAGGGCGCCUGCUAGGGACAGGAGCGAUGCAGCAGCAGCCCGGGGGCUCGGGGAGGCGGCUGCGGGCUGGCGCGGGCGGGCAGUGAUGUGGGGCGCGGCGGGGCCAGGCGGCGGGGCCCGCGGUUGCAGAGGACGCCCGCAGAGGCUGGUUCCCGCCAGCAUGGACGGUGUGCCCCGUGGGCUAUGGACUGGGGUUCGUUGGUAGGAAUCCUUUGUGCCAGCAGCAUCAGCAGGUAGCGUUCACUGAAGAGCUGAGGCCUGACAUUCAGAGAGAAGCCAUGACGGAUGCCCCGGAGAGCACGAGGGGCCGGAGGUCUCUCACGCUGAAGCGCAGGUUCCUUUGGAAGCUCCGCCAGAAGUGGAAGCUCCUGGGCCUCUUUGAGAUCAACGGGGAGCACGAGUUUUAUGACCUGACCUGCAUGUUGAAGGUGGGGCUCAGGGCCGCCAUCCAAGAGGCCAUUGACAACCCGCCUGCGGAUGCCCUGAGUGACACAGACUGCAAGGCCGUGCUGAAGCAGGCCCAUGAGGGCUUUGAGAUGCGUACGUAUGGUGGCCCGGCCUUCGCUUACUUCAGGCACUUGCUGGGCAUAUCGGAGAAGGAAUACCAGCUGUCCCUGUCUUCCAGGAGCUCCUACCUGCAGUUCAUCAGCAACUCCAAGAGCAAGGCCGACUUCUUCCUGACGAACAACAAAUGCUUCUUCCUGAAGACUCAGAGUAAGAGAGAGAUCCGGUUCCUCCUCUCCAACCUGCCCAAGUACAUCCAGCACCUUGAGAGAUACCCCCACUCCCUCCUCGUCAAGUUUCUGGGGGUUCACAGCAUCAUCGUGCCUCAGGAGAAGAAGAAAUACUUCAUCAUCAUGCAGAGCGUGUUCUAUCCCGACGAGAGAAUCCUUGAACGGUACGACAUUAAAGGGUGUCAGGUGAAUCGCUGGACGGAGCCCGCCCCUGGGGGCAGCCAAGUCAUCGUGGUGCUGAAGGAUCUCAACUUCGAAGGAAAUUCCAUCCACCUGGGUCAGCAGCGCUCCUGGCUCCUAUGCCAGAUGCAGGUGGACACGCAGUUCCUGAAGGAGCUGAACGUGCUGGAUUACAGCCUGCUGGUGGCAUUUCAGGCCCUGCAUGCAGACGAAAAGGGCCAGAACCUGUCCUUUGCAGACAUCAUCUUCAGGACCACCAAGUCCUUGAGCAAUCCCGAGAGCUCCCUGCUCACCUCCAUGUCAGGGAUCAUGGAUGAAGAGUCUGACAUUGUGGUGUCUGAGAUGGUAGGAGAAGUCGACCUCUACCAACUGCGUGAGCUGAACUCUGGGGUGCAGGAUGUCAGCUUCCAAAGCAGCGCCAAGCCUGACCAUGAUCUGGCCUACAUCCUGGCCCAGAACCGACGCUUGCUGCCCAGAUGCAGGAGCCCUCUGCACUUGCUUGAUGGCCCGGAGCUCCGCUACUUCAUGGGCAUCAUUGACCUGUUCACCGUGUACAGCUUCCCCAAGAGGCUCGAGCACCUGUGGAAAUGCAUCCGGUACCGGGGACAGACCUUCUCCACCGUCAGCCCCUCAGAUUAUGCCAGGCGCCUCUGCCAGUGGGUGGAAUCACACACUGUAUGAGUGGGGCCCUGCACUGGGGCUGAAACUGAUGGCAGCUUCCCAGACAGCCCCACUCUCACGCUGGGAGAGUUACAGGCCCACAGAUAGUGCUGCAAGCUGCCUACUGCUGAUCUCCUGCACCACCAGGGGGCAGCCUCAAGGCAGCAUUGCCGCUGUGUUACUGGAAUGCUGUGGAAGGACCAGUCCCAGCGUCCUGAGAGCCGGUUUCUGGCAUCAGAACUGAAGAGUCGGAGGGGCUGUGACCCUGUGGGCAGCAGCUGUCCUGCAGCGUGCUGUGGGGAUGGGGUUCAAUGUCGGUGCUGCAAGUGUCCAAGGAACCCAGUAAAUGGGGAAUCUGUGAGCCAGCUGCCAGUUUGCAUUGCUCCCGCAUGGGGUGUCUCUGGGUGUGCCAGGUUGGAUCACAGAAACCCCCUUGGGCCUGCCACCUGAUGUCCUGGGACCACCUCUGAGCCCGUUUUCCCUGGCAGCUUGGGACUUCAGUACCUUGCCUGGUUGUGCCAGACAAGCUAGCCAGCUACGAACACAGACCCAGGUCUGAACCACGUCCUGCAAAAGCUGCAGGCUUAACUGAAAACAACUUAAGAAGUGCUCCUGUCUCCAACACCCAGACCCCCAGCUCCCAAUGGGAUCCAAACCCCAAAUAAAUCCGUUUUACUCUGUAUAAAGCUUAUACAGGGUAAACUCAUAAACUGUUGACCCUCUAACACUGAUAGGGAGAUAUGCACAGCUGUUUGCUUCCCCAGGAAUUAAUACUUGCUCUGGGUUAAUUAAUAAGUAAAAAGUGAUUUUAUCAAAUAUAAAAAGUAGGAUUUAAGUGGUUCCAAGUAAUGACAGACAGAACAAAGUAAAUGACCAAGCAAAAUAAAACAAAAACUUGCAAGUCUAAGCCUACUACAGUAAGAAACUAAAUGCAGGUAAAUCUCACCCUCAGAGAUGUUCCAAUAAGCUUCUUUUACAGACAAGAGUCCCUCCUAGUCAGGGUCCAGCAAUCACUCACACCCCUGUAAAAAGAAAAGGAGGACUUGUGGCACCUUAGAGACUAACACAUUUAUUUGAGCAUGAGCUUUCGUGAGCUACAGCUGUAUUUAUGCUCAGAUAAGUUUGUUAGUCUCUAAGGUGCCACAAGUACUCCUUUUCUUUUUGCGAAUACAGACUAACGCGGCUGUUACUCUGAAACCUGUCACACCCCUGUAGUUACUAUCCUUUGUUCCAGUUUCUUUCAGGCAUCUCUUUGGGGUGGAGAGGCUAUCUCUUGAGCCAGCUGAAGACAAAAUGGAGGGGAUUCCAGGGGCUUAUAUAGUCUCUCUCUUGUGCGUGGAAACCCUUCUCUCCCCCUGUGUAGAAUCAUAGCUACAAGAUGGAGUUUUGGAGUCACAUGGGCAUUUCACAUGUCCAUGCAUGACUCAGUUCUCUACAGGCCGUCGCCAUUGCCCGUAUAUUAGCCCAAACGUUCCCAGGAAAGCUCAGAUGUGGACUGGCAUCUAUCAAGAUCCAUUGUUAGCCAAGUACUCCCAAUUACUUGAAUAACCCCUUCACACUAUGUUGACCAAAUCUGCCUUAGAUUCUUUCUACAGCAAACACUUCAAAUACAAGCAUAGAGCCAACGCUCAUAACUUCAGAUAUAAAAAUGAUACAUGCAUACGAAUAGGAUGAAUAUGAUAUGUUACAUGGCAUAUCUAGCAUAAAACAUAUUCCAGUUAUGUCAUAUUUACACUCAUAAGCAUAUUUCUAUAAAGCAUUAUGGGGUGCAACGUCAUAGCCGGUUUGUAUCUUGAGUGGUGAAAUAGCCCCACCAAAAUCCAUUCAUGGUCCCCGGAUCCUCUCUUGGGAUGACGAUGGGACAGGAGAUGUGGAUGGACGGAAAGGGACGGCCUGAUCUCCCCCGACUGCUGGUGCCAUUUCGAUCCCAUAUGAACCCUUCUAAGGGCCGCUGGAGCAAAACCCAAUCUCCACAGGCACCAGUCUGGGGUUCAAAAGGCACCUGCUGAACCAAAAGCAUGCUGGGAAGCUAAUGACAGACUCAGCAGCCAGUUCCAGUUUGUGCACUGAAGUAGCACAGAGGGUAGCCAGAACCUGCAUCCUCAUCCUAGCCCCAUCAGUCCUAUGCCCUGAGCUAUCCCCGCGGUGGACUGUCUGUGAUCUAGGGCCAGCUCCUGAAAACCUACCCUCCCUGCUCUCCAAAGCCACUGUCCUAGUGCUGGAUUGGUUUUGAUUGAGGGCUACGCUCCCUGACUAUCUCUAAAGCUGGGCUGUGGGUGAUUACGAGCCAGGCGUCACAGCAAAGCUGCGCUCUCCUUGUGUUAGCUUGUCUGGGUAUAGGGAAGUCAGGAGGCUGUCUAGCGUUACCCCAAGUUUGGGGCCCUGAGAAUGCUCCUUGAGUCGUGACUCUCCGGCUUGGCUUCCUGUGAACGCCCCGUUGAGUCAGUGCAGUUGUUGUGAUGGUCACGCAUGAACCGGGGCCUAGCUGCUGUUUGUGUGUUGACAUUUGGACUCCCUGUAGCCUCACAGCAGGAAUCAGAAAUCCCAUCCAGCAGCUGUCAAACCUGGUGUUGGCAAUGCCGAUUGAGGGAAAAAAACACUGGGAUUGCCCAAUCUGCAGGGGAAAACAUGGUUGUUUAAAAAAACCCCCCCACAAAGCUUUGGCCUCAGAGACCUCAGAGCCCAACCAGAGACUUGUUGGGGGGUCAGUGAAAAGGAAAAGAAUAAAUAGCAGGGGGUGGGGAGCUCUUAAUGAAAAUAAAUAAUUUUAAAGCAGGGAUUCCUUCCUGCGGUCACCCAAGAGGAUGCAGCUUCCUGGUCUUGUCCAGCAGAGCAAUUCCCUAUUUGAACAUUGACACCUGACACAAGCCAAAAAAAAAAAAGUCCAAAGAGCAACUGCAUGAAAGAGACAAGGUAGGGGAAGGGGCAGCGCAGUCUAGCAUGGCGCUGAGCGUCAGGACUCCUGGAUUCUCUCCCUGGCACUGACCUUGGGCUAAAUCACAUCUUGCUGUGCCUCAGUUUAACCAUCUACCGCAUGGGGAUAAACAGAUUCAUCGGUUUUCCCGUGGGUGGGGUGAGGCUUCAUUCAUGAAUGUCAGCAAAACGCAUUCAGCUCCUGGGAUUAAAGACGUGACAUAAGAGCUUGUCUACGCACAGAAGUUACAUCAGUUGAACUUGAAUCACUUUAUUUGUAUUAUGGGUAACACCUAGGAGUCCUCAUGAACCAGGACGCCGCUGUGCCAGGUGCUGUACAAACAGAAUAAAAAGAUGGUCCCUUCCCCAAA